UUGUAUCAAUUGUGCUCUUGCCAAUCACUGGAUGACUCGACCGGUCAUAAUUUGAGAAACUUCUACCGCAGACAUCUGCCUUCCGGAGUAUUGCAAAUAUCUCAAGCUAUAACGGUAUUUCAGAAGCGACCCGACAAGCGGGCGACUUUGGCCGAAAUCUAUACGUUCCUCCAGGAGCACUUCGACUUUUUUCGUGGUGAAUAUGUAGGAUGGCGAAACUCAAUUCGUCAUAACCUCUCACUAAACGACUGCUUUGUGAAAUUACCGAAAGAAGCUGGAGAACGAGGUCGCAAAGGUCACAAGUGGACGAUCUCGGAUAACUGCGAGUUUCUGCUAGAGGAAGGUGCGUUUCGACGUCGACCACGCGGAUACAAGGCUAGGAAGCGUCCAAUGUACGGACAGUUUGCCCAAGUAAGUAUUUUCAUGAUACGGUACUCGUCAGUAUAUUAUCUACGCAGGUUUCUUUUUUCGUCUUUUUCUGUUUUAUACUCUAUUUUCGCAUCUGGAACUAAGAGUUUUCCACGGCGUAGUGCGGCAAGCUAUCCAUAG